AUCAUUGUCUGUUAAAAAGGAAGCUGAUAUGAUUUUGGGUGGAGAUGAGGGUGAUGAGUGUACCUAUGUUAAGGGUUACACGAAGAGACAGGCAAUCUUUUCAUGCCUAACAUGCACCCCCAAUGGGAAUGCUGAAAUUUCCACUGCUUGCUGCUUAUCUUGCGACAAUGGCCAUGAGAUACCAAGGGAUGAGGAAGGAGAGCCUCUAUAUGAGGAUUUCAUAUGCAAGGCAUGCUCAAUGGCUUGUUAUUUUCUGUUGCUAUAUCCUUCAACAAUAUGGGCAGUGGGUGGCCAAACUGAUGCUUCUGUCUCUACUAGUAAGGAUAAAGCUGUGUUAGAAGACAUCACUCAUGGUGGUGGAUCCACAAAGCCUGACAGUGAUACUGGUCCUCAUCCACCUCCCAAUAGGGACGAUUUAGCAGCUGAUGGUAUUGCGAAAAGUAUCAUUGGAGAAAGUUCUCAGAAGGAUAACAGCUCAAGUCAGUGCACAAGUCAUGCAAAUUCAUCUGUUAUUUGUGUUCUUGAAGUGGAUGCAGUUGUUGUAGUUCCUAGUUCGGAUGCCGAACCCAUUUUUAUUUCCAAGAAGUGGAGAGAUGCACUCUGCAGAUGCCAGAAAUGCUUGUAUAUGUACAGGCAGAAGAAUAUCAGUACUUGCUUGACAAGAGGGCUCUAUUGCAGAGUACGAGAGAAGGGCAAACCAUAAAAGGGAAGAGAAUCAGCAGCAACGGGAUGGUGCUGCGCUGGAUUUCUUUAACAAUCUUGGUCAUGUAGAAAAAAUGGAAAUCCUGAAUGGCAUUGCAGACUUUCAAGAUGAGCUCCUUUUCUACCUGGUAUAUCAUUGGUUAUGCAUUUUUUGAUGGCUUACUCUGUAACUGAUUGUAUUUCCAGGCUAGUUCAGGGGGUGGACAUAGAAGUUAGUUUGUCUUGCAUAAUUGAUUAAUCUUUAUUUACGGUUCAUAAGGAUUAAAUUUAGUUGUUUAUU